CUUCAUCUGUCAUUAAACCUUGCCAUCAUACUACGGAUUAUUUCUAGCAUUUAGUUGCCCCGAAAACUACAAAGUUCCUGUUGUUACUUAUUCUCGCUAACCCCUGGUCAAUUUCACGAUCCGAGACCUCCAUGGUUGGCCCGUCCUAUUAAUAUAUUGGCUGCUGCAGCUCCAGUAUUACCACGAGCCAUCAUCCCAUCAUUCCCCCUCGUUAAUCAAUCGGACUCGUCAUGCCGCUGAGGUACACGCCCUCUUUGCUAUAUCCUAAAGUCGUGUCAUGAACGAUUGCAACGAAGCCUGUCUAGGAUUGUGAUCCUGUCCGAGCGUUGUCCGCCGUGGAACUGAGGGGAAAUAUUGUGCUUUUGGCGUUCCUUUCCACAACGUUCUGGACACAACCAUCCUUGUGGAAAUUUCAAAGAAGAUGGAUAAUCCCAGGAGACAUUCGACAACCAGUGUUACGACUACUGCGACCAGCAAUGGCGAGUUCUCGCUGCAGUCUAGGUCUUCGAACGCACCACGGCACAACGUUCCGUCACCUGCCGACAAAGCAGAUCCAGGGAUAACAAAGAGAACAACACGGAGGAGCAAGUAUCGACAUGUGGAGGCCUACCAUUCGAAGCUACGGCACUCGAGCCUUAGCAGAGACUCGGGUGCCACCACUAGCUUCCUCGGUUUCCGCAAUCUGAUGGUAAUUGUUUUGGUUGCGAUGAACUUUCGCUUGAUCAUUGAGAAUUUCAUGAAGUAUGGUGUGCUCAUUUGCAUCAAAUGCCAUGAUUACCGGAAGCAGGACGUUGUCCUUGGCUCUAUCCUAUUUGCUCUUGUUCCCUGCCACCUGUUCAUUGCGUAUGUGAUUGAGCUUGUUAUCGCCAGACAAGCCAAGAACACUGUAGGUCAGAGAAAGAAAGAUGCAUCUGCCGAAGAGAACGAGCGUGGGCAGCAGGUGUAUCAAAGGACCUGGCAAUUUGCCGCAUUCUUCCAUACGCUCAACGCGACACUAUGUCUAGCUGUGACGAGCUUUGUGGUAUACUUUUACAUUCAUCAUCCGGGCAUUGGAACAGCCUGUGAGGUUCACGCCAUUAUCGUGUGGUUGAAGAACUGCUCUUAUGCCUUUACCAACCGAGACUUUCGGCAGGCGAUGCUCAAUCCGUCUUCAGAGUCUGCCCUGCCCGACAUCUAUUCUUCAUGCCCGUAUCCUAGAAACAUUACGCUUGGAAACCUUACAUACUUUUGGUUAGCUCCUACACUGGUUUACCAGCCAGUUUAUCCCCGGUCGUCGCACAUCCGGUGGUCUUUUGUGGCAAAACGUCUGGGGGAGUUCUUCUGCCUAGCCGUGUUCAUGUGGCUUCUCUCAGCUCAGUAUGCCACGCCGACAUUACGGAACUCAAUUGAUAAGAUCGCCAUCAUGGAUAUUGCAUCCAUUUUGGAGAGAGUCAUGAAACUGUCCACCAUUUCUCUGGUCAUCUGGUUAGCAGGUUUCUUUGCUCUCUUCCAAUCCUUGUUGAACGCAUUAGCUGAAGUAAUGCGGUUUGGUGACCGCGAGUUCUACACGGACUGGUGGAAUAGCUCCAGUCUGGGAACCUACUGGCGGUCUUGGAACCGACCAGUGUAUCUCUUCAUGAAGAGACAUGUGUACUCGCCGUUAGUAGGACGAGGGUGGAGUGCUUUUGCGGCGAGCACAAUGGUAUUUUUCAUUUCCGCCGUGCUCCAUGAGAUGCUUGUCGGAAUUCCCACUCACAACAUUAUUGGAGUCGCAUUCUUCGGAAUGAUGUUUCAGCUCCCCUUAAUCGCCAUCACCACACCAUUGGAGAAAAUGCAUGACCCCCUAGGUAAAGUGGUUGGCAACUGUAUUUUCUGGGUGAGCUUCUGCGUUGUUGGUCAACCGCUGGGCGCCCUACUAUAUUUCUUCGCAUGGCAGGCGAAGUAUGGCAGUGUAAGCAGGGGCUAGGUUUGUGGCAUUGUGGCGACUUUUUAAAUGUAUAUAUUGAGAUUUUGGUGGUCUUGGUAUAACCUUGUUGUAGACCUUGAGAUGCGAACAGUUAAUAGCUUCAUUCAUGCUAGUGAAUUCAACCAUAGGAGGGUUGAUUCCGGUUAGCAAGCGGCUGCCAGCUGGUCUAUCUAGCGGAAAUCCUUAAGAGUUGCGCAAGGUUGUGUAUACACAGACCUGAAUAUCAUGAAUCCCAUAUUUUGACAUGUAUAGAGACCCAGGGUUUCAUGGAGAUUUGAAUCUCACGCCC